UUUCCCCGUGCCCUCUCGCCUUAAUCUCACGUCUGUCAAACGGUCGUGAAUUUUCGGAAGAUGUGAGGCUUUGGAAAGCGGGCACGCCAAGAAAAUUGCGUUACAAACUUUCGCAUGAUGCCUUGACGUUCAAAACACAUUACGGCUGCCGAUGCUUCGAUUUAUUUACGGUAACGACGAGGAAGCAUUUGACGGAAAAGGGAGCGAAGUAAUUUUGGACGGUGCGCACAGCAAUGGCCUCGACAGAAGAAGUCACGACAGAGGAGCUCAGGAUCGAGAUCGAGAGACUUUCACGGGAACUAGAUUUAGCUUCUACAGAAAAAAUACAAUCUGCUCAAUACGGUCUCGCUUUGCUCGAGGAGAAGUCUACUCUACAACAAAGAUGCAACGAUCUCGAGGCCCUCUACGAAAACACGAAACACGAGCUAGAAAUCACGCAAGAGUUUCAGACAACUACAAAACUGACCACAAAAAGUGGCAUAGAACAAGAAGAAACUCUUCUUAACGAAAGUGCUGCUCGAGAAACAUCCCUUCAGAUACAAAUUAUUGAGUUGGAAAAUGAAGCAAAACAGUUGCGACAUGAAUUGGAGCGUGUGCGAGCAGAAUGUGAUCAUGCGCUGCAAGAAAAAGAAGAAGUUGGAAAAGAUCAUCAACAAGCAGAAACAGAAAAAAAAAACUUACGUUUUAUGUUACGUGAAUGUAGAUUUCGAGAAGCUCGACUUCUUCAAGAUUACUCAGAAUUGGAAGAUGAGAAUAUUUCAUUACAGAAACAAGUGUCUGGUUUAAGGUCCAGUCAAGUAGAAUUCGAAGGUGCCAAACAUGAAAUAAGAAGAUUGACAGAGGAAGUGGAACUUCUAAAUAGUCAAGUUGAAGAAUUAACAAAUUUAAAAAAAAUUGCUGAAAAGCAAAUGGAAGAAGCUCUUGAAUCUCUGCAAACUGAGCGUGAAGCUAAAUAUGCUCUGAAAAAAGAGCUAGAUCAAAGAAUUAAUAGCGAAUCAAUUUAUAAUCUUAGCAAUCUUGCACUUUCAAUUAGAGAAAUUACAGAAGAUCAAACAAUAUGUAGUGAUGGAGAAGAUGAUUCCCCUGCAUUACGCAGAAUUGAGGCAGAUUUAAAAACUCAAGAACCAGGUACCUCUGCUACUGAUAAGCAAGUUGAUUUAUUCUCUGAAAUUCAUUUGAAUGAAUUAAAGAAACUAGAAAAACAAUUAGAAUUAGCAGAAUCUGAGAAAGCUCAUCUUACACAAAAUUUACGAGAAUCGCAAUAUGCAGUUGAAAAAAGUCAGAAUGAAUUACAAUCCUUUGUUGCGCGCAUAGUGCAGUUAGCAGCUCAUGUGCAGUCAUUACAUCACCUUCAUUCCAAAUUACCCGAGAAACAAACUGAAGAAACAACAUUGGAUAAGUUGAAUCAAGUGUGUAUGCAAAAUAUAUUAAAAUAAGCAAUAGUGCAAUAUCACCAGUGGAGUACUAUGUCUGCACGUGAAGUAAAUCAACUUCAGAAGGAUCUAGCUGAAUUAGAAAAUGGCUUAACUAUAUCUGAUUCAACUCAACAAUUACGUACAGAAUUAACAAAUCUGAGAAACAAGCUUUUAGAUACAGAACAAAGAAGCUUGCAACUCGAAUCCGACAUUGCUACUCUUUCGACUCUCGCAGUGGAAGCUGGCGGUUUCCUCGAUUCUGCACAAAAUGACUUGCAAAAUAUCUCCGACGAGCUUGCUCAACUUUAUCAUCACGUUUGCACUGUUAACGGAGAGAUUCCUUCACGGGUGGUUCUUGAUCAUGAAAAGAUCGUUCCCGAGAAGGAGGAGGAGAAUGGAAAGAUAGAAUGGUGCAGGACGUUGUUCAAGACCGACAUUCAAAUUAAUGACUUAGAGAGUCUGAGCAAAGCGAAAGAAGUCGCGAAACAUAUAGAGACUGCUAUGGAUCAGAUAAAGCAUUUGAGAAGCGCCGUAGAGCACACAAUUGAACUUUCCAAAGUCAAAGGAAUGCAGUCGAAUAACAAGGCGGAAGUGGCAGACUUACAAGAGCAAGUAAUUAGAUUGAAGGCACUGCUGUCGGCUAAACGCGAGCAAGUUGCGACCUUGAGAACAGUGCUGAAGUCGAAUAAAAAUACCGCCGAAGUGGCACUUACGAACUUAAAGGGCAAAUACGAGAACGAGAAGAGUAUUGUUAACGAGACUAUGUUGAAACUAAGAAAUGAACUUAGAAUGUUGAAGGAGAAUGCAGCAACAUUCUCAAGUUUACGUGCAGUGUUCGCCGCACGUUGCGAAGAAUACGUGACACAGGUUGACGAGUUGCAACGUCAACUAGCCGUGGCGGAGGACGAUAGGAAGACAUUGAACUCGUUGCUACGAUUGGCGGUUCAACAAAAGCUCGUUCUGACCAUGAAACUGGAGGAGUUGGAAGUUGAUCGAGAAUUACGAAGCACUCGAAGACACGCCACUAGUGCAAAUGGACGAGGUAGAAUGCGACUGAUGCAACAGACGAACCGUCCUCAUUUAGGCAGAGAUUUCUUCUAGAAAAUGAUGAAGAUGUG